GACCGCACAAACACCCAUAAUAUUAGUGAUCUAUCUACCAAUAUAACAGCUUGCACGACGGUGAUGUAUACUCGGCAAUAAAUGCACAAAUAUUGAAUUUGGACGCAAAAGAACACACAGUUUUCUUUUGACUAGGCCAAACACUAAUUCAUUCAACGGAUUAUGGAGUCUUAGCCGAAUGGAGAGUUGAGAAGACGAUGUUAUUUUAGAGUGUACUCGUCACAAGGGUAAAUAUUAAAAUGCUACGGGGAUGAACUGUCUACAAUUCGUUAUGACGAAUCCACACCAAGGCUUCGCAGUUCUAGUUUCAUGUAUUAUUUUUUUAAAGUGGAUCGAUUUUUCUAAUAUCUGAAGUAUAGUUCGUUUUCUGAAGUUUUCUGAAAAUGGAAUGGCAAGACGAAGACUUCGUUGGCGAUGACGAAAAUGACUUGUUGAGUUCUCCUACAAACACCAUUCUUCCCGAAGAUUCAUUGAGUCGACGGGGGUCAUUUGCACGCUGGAAGCAACGGCGACAAAGUCGAUCGAUAACAGACUCGAAUAGCUACCGCAACAAACGAGAACUUAGAAAGACAAAGAGCCUUGGAUCUGAGACUACAAGCCAAGCAAGUCUAGCAACAAAUGGUAUUUUCAAGGAAGCAAAAGUGGAGACUUGUAGUCAAGAGGUUUCCGAUGCAGAGUUUGACACAGACUUGGAUGAAUACACGCUUGAGGAAGAUGGGUUAACAAUACGGAAACGAAAACAAGCACGCUUAACAAGCCUAGACAACAAGGUCCGAUAUCUGGAAAUGUGCGAGAGCGUGAAAGCGACUCCAUCCUCUCGAUUUCUUCAGCAGAUUAAUCAGAAAACAGUCAAGAUGAGCCACCACAUCUUGGGGCCGGUCGGGGCUAAGGCGCUUGCGCUGGAGAUGGUCUGGAACCGGACGAUCUCGGACAUGGAUCUAACGGACACGUGCCUUGGAGACAACGGAGCAAGGCUUAUAGUGGAUAUGUUAAGAGAUAAUAAAAAUUUGCAAAGGUUGGGUUUAGCAAAGAAUAACGUGGGUGCGAAAACUAUGAAAGCGCUGAGUGAAGUAAUGGAAGUGAACAAGACACUACAUAGUCUUGACUUGAGCUUAAACUCGCUAAACGACAAAAACACGACACCCUUCUUCAUAGCACUCAAAGGGAACGCGUCUUUGAAGGAACUUAAAAUGAGCUAUAAUGACAUUUCCGAAGUCGCUGGAUUUCGCUUGGGGGGUUCACUGGCUGUUAACAAAGGACUGGAAGUAUUAAAGCUUCAAUGGAACGGUUUGCGGUCGAAGGCAGGGGUUGCUAUCGGUCAAAGCUUGCGAAAGAAUACGACACUCCGAGUUCUGGAUUUGUCAAAUAAUGGACUAGACGACACGGUUGCAAGGUCGCUAGGAGAGAGCCUCCGUGUUAAUAGCACUUUAGUUGAGCUCGACUUUAGCAAUAACAGGUUAUCUGGUCUUGCGUUUGCUUCGAUUGCGAGGGCACUAGAACGGAACACAAGCUUAAGGGUGUUGAGGUGCGGGAACAACCCGGUCGCACUGUCCAAUGAGGCAUCGAAUCCCUCUAGCAUAGCAAGGGCACUCCGAGCUAACACUUGCAGCGGUGUAAUAGAGCUUCACCUAGAUGAGAUAUAUCUCAGCAGUGAGACCAAACGAGCGCUGGAUCAGCUGGCGAAGGACAGACCCCCACUCAAGAUCUACUCCGGACAUCAAAAGCUCGACACUAGAAUAGCGCAGAUGUUAUCGGUGAAGAAAGAUAAACCUUGGAGAAAGCUGAUAGAGUACAAAGCCAAACGGAAGAUGAGCGCUGCCGAGCUGUUCCGAGUACUGGGGAGUGAGGACGGGAUGUCUGUGGAUACAGCGAGACUGAGAGAAAAGACAAGGGGUCUGGGGCUACUCCAGGACCCACAGAUAGAGCUUUUAGUGCAAAUGUUGGACCGUGAGGGGGAGGGGGAGAUCGACUUCUUUCAGUUCGUCAAAGCUGUGAAUACAUAAGUUAUUGAGACAAUCAUUAUAUUGUUAGGGCAUUAAGCUUUGGAAAAAAAACACUCGAAAGUUGAAGAACUUGCGGGAAGGGUUAGUGCCCUUUUUUGUGGGCUUAUACUCGGAGUAGAUUUUUUACAGUUAUACAUUAGAACCUCCAUAUUACGGCCCCUCAAAUAAGCAGACAAUCUCUUUACAAUGGACACUUAGUCGUGAUUCGAAUUCUUUAGUUUUUAACUCUAAUCUAAUAGAAUCUCCAUUAAGCGGAUACCUCGAUAAAUGGACGCAUUUUUCGCUCCUGAGGGUGUCCGUUAUAUGCAGGUUAUACUAGAUGUGUGUUAUGUGGUGGGCCCGAUGAUGCCCCUUCUAUGGAGGUUUCACUGUAUUCGGGUGAGCUCAUAACCGUGCCUUUCUGUGUCUUCAGGUUUUUGUAUAAAAGGGUGACCACAGGGUAACCACAAGAUGA